AGGGAGAGCUUGAUGGCGUUUCCCCCUCAGUUCGGUCCAGUUGUGAGAAGACAAAGUCGAGCGAGGAGGACGUCGAUGCGCAAAGGUGCUCGUCCGCGAUGAAAAGUGCUCCGAAGCGAGGCCACUUCACCCCGAAGAAUUAACAUUUUCCCAAAGCGGCCCACUGGAGGAGAAGAUGAUGUCUGACGCCAGCGAGAUGUUGGCGGCCGCCUUGGAGCAAAUGGAUGGGAUUAUUGCAGGCUCCAAGGCCAUGGACUACUCCAACGGGCUGUUUGACUGCCAGUCGCCCUCGUCGCCGUUCCUGGGCGGCCUGCGGGUGCUGCACUUGCUGGAGGACCUGCGGGGGGCGCUGGAGCUCAUGGAUAACCAAGAGCGAGACAACCUGCGCUGCCAGAUCCCCGACUCCACCGCCGAGGGACUGGCUGAGUGGCUGCGGGGCCGAAUGGUAAGCGGCCGGGAGAACCUGUCCAAACAAAGCUGACAGACCCAUUUGCAGACAAACGGCCACGCUGUCGAGAACGUCCACCAAGAGCGUCUGGCUCGCCUGGAGAGCGACAAAGAGUGCCUCAUCCUCCAGGUCAGCGUCCUCACAGACCAGGUGGAGGUGCAAGGGGAGAAGAUCCGCGACCUGGACAGCUGCCUGGAGCGCCACCGGGAGAAGCUCUGCGCCACCGAGGAACUGCUGCAGAAGGAACUUCGGACUCGCUCGGCGCUGGAGACCCAGAAGCUGGAGCUGGUGACGGAGCUUUCGGCCGUCAAGCUGCAGCUGAGCGCGUUGGAGAGGGACCGCGCAGAUCACCAGGAAGUGGGCCACUUGCGUCUCCGUGUGGCCGACUUGGAGAGUGAGCGUCUGCAGUGUGACCGGAAAAGCAAAGCUUCCAAACGGGCGGCCGGAGCUGAGCUGAAGGAAGAGCUGCGGCUGCUGCAACGUGAGCUGGAGGAGCGAGAGGCGCAAUUGAGGAACUUGAAGGAGGAGAGCGGAGCCGAGGGGCUGCCGAGGGAUGCCCAAAUGGCCGAGAUGAAGACGCUGUUGGACUCCCUGGUGUCGGCCAAUGACGAGAAGGAGCAAAGGAUCAAAGAGUUGGAGAGCACCCGAGUUCUGGAGAACGUCCAAGAGAGGCCGAAGGAAGCCGACUACGCCGACAUCGCAGAUGAUGGCUCGCUUCCCGCCCAGGCCGGGCCGGCAUCGGAGGGCGAGGCGGGAAGGAUCUCGGCGGAGGCCAAAAGCAAAUGUGCCACUUUGGCCGAGCGAGACGCGUUCGGCGCCAAGCGGGUCCGGGCCUCCCUCGGUCGGGGCUUCUUCAAACUGCGGGGAGGCAAAUAUGCCAGUGGCGCAGCCGAGACGGAGCGCAAAGUCCCGGAGCACCUAGACUUGGCCUCCUCCCCUCUGACCUCCUCGCCUGAGAGCAAGAAGAAGUCCAAAGGCUUGAGGAAGUUCUUGGGCAGGUUGAAGAGGAGCCACUCCACGUCGUUGAACGCCGACGACGAGGCCGACUUCCGGCGCGGGGGCGUCCGGGCCACGGCGGGGCCUCGCCUGGGCGGCUCGCCAUCUCCGACGGAGGCCCCCUUCGCGCGCUGGACCCGAGAGGACGUGUGCGAGUGGCUCCAUCAGCAGGGCCUGGGCUUGUACGCGGCGGCGGCUCACGACUGGAUCCGUUCGGGACAGAGCCUGCUGCAGGCGUCCCAGCAAGACCUGGAGAAGGAGCUGGGCAUGAAGCACCCUCUGCACAGGAAGAAGCUGCAGCUGGCCCUCCAGGCUCUGGUGUCGCACGACGACCUCCUCCGAGGCCACCUGGACCACCACUGGGUGACGCGCUGGCUGGACGACGUGGGCCUGCCGCAGUACAAGACUCACUUUGAGGAGGCCCGAGUGGACGCCCGCAUGCUGCACUACAUGACUGUGGAGGAUCUCCUGUCGCUGAAGGUGGGCAGCGUGCUUCACCACCUCAGCAUCAAACGGGCCGUGCAGGUCCUGCGCCUCAACUCCUUCCAGGCCGACCGUCUGCGCCGCCGGCCCGCCCAAGAGACGUGCACCCGACCGCUCGACGUGAUCCAGUGGAGCAACCACCGCGUGAUGGAGUGGCUGCGCUCGGUGGACUUGGCCGAGUACGCGCCCAACCUCCGAGGCAGCGGCGUGCACGGCGGUCUCAUGGUUCUGGAGCCGCGCUUCACCGCGGACGCCUUGGCUCUGCUGCUCAACAUCCCGGCAGGAAAAACGCUGCUGCGGCGCCACCUGGCCACGCACUUCCACCUGCUGGUGGGAUCCGACGCGCAGAGGCUCAAGCAGGAGUGUCUGGAAAACCCCGACUACGUGGUGCUCACUGCCGCCGCCAAGGUCAAGCCGAGACGUUUGUCGUUCGGCAGCUUCGGAACGCUCCGGAAGAAGCGUCACGACGAUUGCGGCGACUACGUGUGCCCCAUGGACGUGGACAUGGACAUUGGCGUGGGGCUCCACAGGGACCCAGAGGACCACCUGGAGCAGCUUCAACAGAUGGACGACUCCGAGGGCGCCGUGAGGCAGAUCGGCGCUUUUUCCGAGGGACUCAAUCAUCUGACGAGCAUGCUGGAGGACGAGGAGGUUUUCGGGGAGAUCUCAGCAAGCCCGCCGGAAGGCGACCGAUGCGAUGAAGACGCCACAAGACUCGUCAAGUAACGCUACCAUGUGUGUGUGUGUGUGUGUGUGUGUGUGUGUGUGUGUGUGUGUGUGUGUGUGUGUGACUCUUUGCGUGUUAGCUAAACAAGGAGUCGUUUUGGGACGAGACCUACGUACCGCAUACAAUUCAAUUCUGUUUCUUUUUUUGCAAUAAAUAAUGACAAAACUAA